AGCAACAUCUAGAUUAUCUGGACUGUAUAUGUGUACCUCUGCGUGUAACUCUGCAUACAGCCAUGGGGAACGCAGCUGGAAGUCUGGAGAUGUCACCGGGACGGGACGCCAAACGGCCCCUCAGCACCUAUGGGCAGAAACAGCCACCGGCCCCUAAACUGCCCCUACCACCUGAGGACGAAUUAGAGGAGAGGUUCAGCGUGGUGUUGAAUUCCAUGAAUCUUCCACCUGACAAAGUGAAGCUGCUCUGUCAGUACGACAACGAGAAGAAAUGGGAGUUAGUGUGUGACCAGGAACGGUUCCAGGUGAAGAAUCCUCCGUCAGCAUACAUUCAGAAACUUAAGAGUGUAUUAGAGCAGGGAGGAGGCAGAAAGUUUAAAAGGCGAGUCCAAGAAUCCACACAAGUUCUAAGAGAGUUGGAGAUCUCUUUGCGCACCAAUCACAUCGGGUGGGCUGAGGAGUUUCUAAAUGUAGAAAACAAGGGUUUAGACGUGCUAGUGGACUACCUCUCUUUUGCUCAACGUGCAGUCACAUAUGAAAUGGACAGCUCUGAUAAUGGAAGCUUUGAAGAGAAAUCUGUGGAAGAUUUGACCACCAGUGCGACAAACUCCCCUACCCACAAUUCCCCACGCUCAGGUCGCCCCUUCACCACAAGGAAAGCUUUGAGAUAUUCGCGUCUGCUCAGCCAGAAGAACCACCUGCACCUCUGCAUCAUGUGCCUCCGUGCCAUCAUGAACUACCAGUUAGGGUUUAAUCAGGUGAUGGCACAUCCCAACUGUGUCAAUGAAAUCACCCUGAGUCUCAACAACAAGAAUGCCAGGACUAAAGCUCUGGUUCUGGAGCUCCUUGCUGCUGUCUGUUUGGUUCGAGGAGGUCACGAAAUGAUUAUUGCAGCCUUUAAUAAUUUCAAAGAGGUGUGUGGAGAGAAAAACAGAUUCGAGAAACUCAUGGAGUAUUUCAGAAAUGAUGACAACAACAUUGAUUUCAUGGUGGCUUGUAUGCAGUUUAUCAACAUUGUAGUGCACUCAGUGGAGAACAUGAACUUCCGAGUGUAUUUACAGCAUGAGUUUACACAACUAGGACUAGACGGCUAUCUGGAGGAGUUAACUGUCACUGAGAGCGAGAGGCUGCAGGUGCAGAUUCAAGCGUAUCUGGAUAAUGUGUUUGAUGUUGGAGCGAUGCUAGAGGACGCCGAGGCCAAAAACACAAUAAUGGAACAUCUAGAGGAGCUACAAGAACAAAACACACAGUUAAACACUAGACUGCAGCAGUGUGAGAGUGAAGCUGUGGAGAAGACGUCCGAACUCGAGAAACAACUCAUACAGAGUAGGAAAGAGGUGGAACUUCUGAAGGACAGUGUGAAGGAGACACAGGCUCAGCUCUCUCAGCUGCAGCAGAAGGAGAAAGAGAGAGAGACACACAGUGAGAAAGAGCAGGAGCGAGAGAGAGACAGACAGCGCUCCGCUAAAGCUCUGACCGAGCUGGAGAAGAUGGUCCAGGUUCUGGUGGAUCGAGGUCUGAUCCGCAUGGACAGAUCCGAAUCCGGCUCUCUGGAAUUACACAUUAUGCCAGCCGCUAACACAACAGAUAAUAGUACAACAGAAAUAAAGGCCUCACCUGUGAUGCAGUCCCCGCCCCCUCCUCCUGUCCCCGCCCCUCCACCACCUCCUCCUCCGCCCCCUAUGAGUGUAGCCCCGCCCCCUUCACCUGUGCCUGGAAGGACAGGAACUGUAAAGACAGGUGUGAAAGGUAAGAAGCCAAUCAAGACCAAGUAUCGCAUGCCACUGCUUAACUGGCAGGCUCUAAUGGAGGAACAGGUGGCCGGCACCGUCUUCACAGAGCUGGAUGACGAAAGUGUGCUUGGGGAGUUGAAUAUGGACGUCUUUGAGGAGUUGUUCAAAACUAAAGCUCAGUCUGCUCCUGUUGAUGUCGGCACUCUGAAGGUGAAAGUGGCUCAUAAAGCAUCCAGUAAAAUCGCACUACUGGAGCCCAACAGGGCCAAAAACCUCGCCAUCACGCUGCGCAAAGGAGGCAUGAGCACCGCGCAGAUCUGCACUGCGAUCCAAUCGUAUAAUCUGGAUUUGCUAAACUCAGACUUUCUGGAGCUGCUGGAGCGUUUCAUCCCGUCUGAUUAUGAGCUGAGGUUGAUUGAGAAAUACGAGCAUGAAGGACGCCCCCUGCUGGAGCUGUCGGAGGAGGACCGAUUCAUGAUGGCCUUCAGCAAAACCCCGCGUCUGGCACAGAGAAUCAGCACGCUGACCUUCAUGGGCAACUUCAGCGAGAGCAUCCUGCUAUUAAAGCCUCAAUUAAAUGCCAUCAUCGCUUCAUCCAUGUCAAUCAAAUCCUCCAGCAAACUCAAGAAGAUUCUAGAGAUCAUUCUUGCGUUUGGGAAUUACAUGAACAGUGGGAAGAGAGGAUCAGCAUAUGGAUUUCGACUCCAAAGUCUGGACCUGCUUCUGGACAUGAAAUCCACAGAUCGAAAACUGACACUCCUGCAUUUCAUCGUCAGCAUCAUACAAGAAAAAUAUCCUCAACUGCACAACUUUCACACUGAACUACACUGUCUGGAUAAAGCUGCUCUGGUCUCUCUGGACAGCAUCCUUGCAGAUGUUCGCUCUCUGGAGAAGGGAAUGGAGGUGGUUCGUAAGGAAUAUCUCCAGCAGAAAGACAGCGCUGUCCUCACAAACUUCAUGUCCAAAAACGGCAGUCUGCUGGACUCUGUGGUCAAAGACAGCAAAACUGCAGAGGAGGUCUAUCACUCAGUGGUGGAGUAUUUCGGAGAGGAUCCCAAAUCCACACCUCCUUCUGUGUUCUUCCCUGUUUUUGCUAGGUUUAUCAAAGCAUAUAAGCUGGCCGAACAGGAGAAGGACCAGCGCAAGAAGAACAUCUCCGAGACUGAUUUCGGCACAGAUUUACACAUCUCUGACUCUCCUGUGAACACUGCAGUGACUAAUAGGAUGCCGGCGCUGCCACGCUUCCCUCAGGUGGAUCUGAUCGCAGAGCUGAAGCGCAGGCAGAUGACGCCGCUCGUGAGAGAGGGCAAAGACGGAGCCAUCGAGGACAUCAUCACAGACUUGAGGAAGCAGCCGUACAUCAGAGCAGACGGAGGAAGACGAAGCGCCAAAUGGAAACCAGCUCAGCAGCUUCCCGUGUCGUCUGACAUCUCUCUGUGAAACACACACAGCUCAUAGCAUCCCGCGACGAAGCCACACCACACAUGAAGCCAAAAACAGUUUACAAGAAACAUUUAAACAGCUACAUUAAACUAUUUGAAUGUAAAUUAUAAAAGCUCAACUAUUUAUGUACAAUUUAGCAAACAACUUUAUGGUGAAUCUCAAGAAUGUGUGCUUGUAUAUUUCAUAUCUCACCCCAAAAUUAAAAAAAUGUAAGA